CACAAACAUGGGGAUAGUAUGGCCUGACGAGUGACUCGUCAGCUAAACCUAGAUGAGUAUUCGGUUAUUGUACUUAACCUGUGUUUACGUGAAGACACGUGUGAUUCUGAGGCACUUAUCUUAUCUGUGAAUCCUAUCGUAACUAACGUAUCCUUCCAGAGGGUGAUUGUUGUACUGCCCCAGAAAAUGGAGUGUCAGGAAGAGCGGUCACGCCCCCCUCGUCCUCCCCCACCCACAGUGUCUGCAGACAGCCAGUCCGCUGUCAGAAGUGACACUUACUCCAGACUUAAACGCAUCCAUGAUGAAGCUUAUGAACACAUUGACCGAGGGCUGUCAUUGGAUGAGCAGGGAAGUAUCCAGGAGGCCAUUGAGUGCUACGUCAAAGGUCUUGUUGUGAUUGAGCAAGCCUUGGGACUAGGUACAGAGACAACAGACAUUCCCGCCCAGCACAAAGAUACGGCUAGAAAACUUCUUAGCAAAAUGACAAAAUCUAAGCUCCAGAUUGAGAGCCGCCUUGAGAGCCUGCGGCCUGCGGCUGCCUUGGCGGAAACAGGAGCAGGUGCCAUGGACUUGUCAGAGGAGCAGCCCCCUUCUUACGAGGAAGCCACCAGCACUGGUCACACGUCCUUCCUGGAGUUGGGCGAUAGCCUAUACAAUGAAGAGAGCGCAGCAGCCUGCAGUCCACUGGCAGCCAAUGCCACUGAGUUGUACAGCAUCCCUGAGGGCGUUCAGAUAUUCUACAUCACCCCUGAGGGGUUUGUCAGUGCCCCAUCCUACCCUAGUGCUCUGAGGGCCUACAAGUUUGAGCAGGAUGCGGAAGUAGCUAACCCCGUGCAGCGGCCCCCUGCCUUUCUUCAGGUCGGAGACUGGUUUUACCCGCUCGUCCCUGGUGUCUCUCCAGCUCUACAUGCAAGCUAUGGAGCUUACAUCUUUCCAGAUGUUGGUAACCCAUAUGAAGGUUCAUCUGUAGGAGUUAUCCUCCCUGACACUGUGUCCCCGGCUGAUCGCCAACGUUUUGAGGAUCUUAUGGAAUCCCUGACAGCAAUGCACGAGCAGGAAGAACCAAUCAGUGCUGAGGACCUUGGGGAGGCAGGCGAACAGGUUGCCAUAGAGACUGCCGGCGCUGGAACCAAAAAAGAAGAAGAGAGAGUAGCCACAAAGAUUUCACAUGGGAUUACAGUAGCUGCUGAGUGGAUGUCGUGGGGGGUGGGGAAAGGAGCUGAAAAGGCUGGAGAGAUGAUCCGCCGUGGGUCUGCGCAGCUCCGCAGCAGGCUGACAACAGAGGAGAAACCACGGGAAAUCCCCGAGAAAUACCAGAAGGGCGUGGAAAGGGCCAGACAAGCCACACACGUAGCUGUCACAGCCAGUGGAUUUCUGGUAAACAAGCUGGGCCAGGCUACAAUGGCUUUAGGCAGGUAUUUGGCACCUCAUGUGAAGAGACAUGGACAGAGGAUACUUCCCCGCUCCUUCUCUCAGAAGAGUCAAGAUGGACACUCUAAGAUGGACGACUUUGUAGAAGUGGCUGCUAGUGGACUUCAUGGUUUUGGUACAGUCUACAUGGGGUUAGAGGCUGCAGCUAAGGCUCUGGCAAGAAACCUGGCCAAUGAAACUGUCCAAGUUGUGAAUCAUAAGUAUGGUGCAGAUGCUGCAAAGUUUGCAGACCACACUUUGUAUGCCACAGGGAAUCUAGCCAUGACUGGCUACAAUGUGAACCAUCUGGGUGUCAAAGCCAUCGCAAAACGUGCUGCCAAAGAUACAGGCAAAGCAGUGCUAUUAGAUCACAAGCGGAGUAAGGAGGACCCCACCAAAAGUAAGCCAAGUGCAACAUCAGCGGAGAAGCCUCUGGGUCCUGAUAAGGGUAAACCUGGGGGUAAACAUUAGUGGAAGUUUAGGAGGAAAUCUCAGGGCUGAUUCCAUAAAAGUUUGUUGUCUUUUUGCUUUGUGAGACAACAGCAAAUCUUCAUGAUAGAUAAUGUCAAGGUUUGUGCCUUCUUUCUUCAAAAAAAAAGAAGGAGGUUCUAUUCUUUUUGGUGUACAGUUAAAUCUACGGAGCAAUGUUAUAUGUAUUAUAAGUAGAUUGUCUUUAAUAACUUUGCGGUGAUAAAUACCAUGUGAUAUACAGUGUAUGUGCUAUAAGCUUCUUUCUGAUUGGUCACAUUACAUUAUUGAUCACCAUAAUUUGAUGAGUGGUUUGAUUUGCUAACUGAGCCAUGUUAUAGUGCUAGUCUUUGCAGGUAAUACUUCGUCUUUAUGUUAUAUUUGUUUUUAUACUUGUUUCCUCUUUCUGGUAAAACCCUGGAGUCUUCCAACCCAAAUGGUGGUAGUAUAUGUAUACAUAAUUCUAUCUCCAAUAUCAAAUAAUUUAUAUCAGAUGUUGUAUCACAUGGCAUUUAAUUCAGAAAAAAGUGAAAUACUUUCAGGCAUUGCUGGUAUGAACAUGUAGGUGUUUUAUUGCUGAGUUCCACAUGGACUUCAGUGUUACUGAUACUAUAUGUUAUACAGUGUUAAUUUGUUUAAGUAUUACAAAUGGUGUAUGUGGUAAGACUAUUCUAUAAAUUGUGAUUUCUGAACAAUCCUGCUACAUGUACUUAACAGUAGUGAUAAAUGCGUGAUUUUCUUUUUGGGUUUGCUUUUCUCCCUUUGUUAUGUAUUUUUGAUGACACUCUGAAACAAACUAAAAUAAAAAAUAAUUGUUGAUGUCCAGUUGUCCAUGUCCAUGUACGUUUUGAGUGGUACAAAGUACUUCAGAUUACUAUGCCAACAUGACGUUGAAAUAUACAGCUCUUUAAACUGGACUGUUGAAGCCUCUUGUUUAUAGUAGAUUGGGAUUUCCCUGCUCACAUAGUGUGUGAUUUCCUUGCUCACAUUGCCUGCGAUUUUCCUGCUCACAUUGUUUGCGAUUUUCCUGCUCACAUUGUUUGUGAUUUCUCUGCUCAUAUUGUUUAUGAUUUCCCUGCGCACAUUGCUUGCGAUUUCCAUGCUCACAUUGUUUGUGAUUUCCCUGCUCACAUUGCUUGUGAUUUCCAUGCUCACAUUGUUUGUGAUUUCCCUGCUCACAUUGCUUUUGAUUUCCAUGCUCACAUUGCUUUUGAUUUCCGUGCUCACAUUGCUUGUGAUUUCCAUGCUCACAUUGUUUGUGAUUUCCCUGCUCACAUGGCUUGCAAUUUCCCUGCUCACAUGGCUUUCGAUUUCCAUGCUCACAUUGCUUUUGAUUUCCCUGCUCACAUUGCUUUUGUUUUCUGUGCUCACAUUGCUUGUGAUUUCCAUGCUCACAUUGUUUGUGACUGCUCACAUUGCUUGCGAUUUCCCUGCUCACAUUGCUUUCGAUUUCCAUGUUCACAUUGCCUUUGAUUUCCCUGCUCACAUUGCUUUUGAUUUCCAUGCUCACAUUGCUUGUGAUUUCCAUGCUCACAUUGUUUGUGAUUCUCUGCUCACAUUGUUUGUGAUUUCCCUGCUCACAUUGCUUGUGGGGCCUGGGUGACAAUAAGCAAUUGAUGGUGUCUGUGUGGUGAUUUGCCCUAUGUAAUGUUCAUUGAGGAGGUGGUUACCAGGCAUAUGAAUUCAUGUAACUUCAGUAGCUAGGGUACUUUCAUUUAGACUGUUAUAUGUAUUGGGUGGGGCAAAGCUGACAGAACCUGGAAAAAAAGCACCACACGCCUUCCCAGGUACUGGUACCUAACAAAGCUGGCAGAGCAUUGAAAACAGCUCCACACAUCUUCCUAGGUACUGGCACCUAAGAAAGCUAUCAGAACCUGGAAAACAGCACCACACUCCUUCCCAGGUACGGUUACUAAACAAACCUGGCAGAGUGUGGAAAACCACACCACACACCUUCCCAGGUACAGGUACCUGACAAAGCUGGCAGAGCGUGGGAAACAGCGCCACACAGCUUCCUAAGAAAGCUUGCAGAGGGUGGAAACAACACCUCACAUCUUCCCAGGUUCUGGCACCUAACAAAGCUAUCAGAACCUGGAAAACAGCACCACACAUCUUUUCAGGUACAGGUACCUGACAAAGCUGAUAAAGCGUGGAAAACUGCACCACACACCUUUCCAGGUACAGGAAUCUGACAAAGGUGGCAGAGCGUAGAAAAACAGCACCCUACUCCAUCUAGGUACAGGUACCGAACAAAGCUGGCAGAGCCUGAAGCUUGCAGAGCCUGGAAACAACACCACACUCCUUCUAGGUACAGGUACCUAACAAAGCUGACAGAACGUGGAAACAGCACCACACACCUUCCCAGGUACAGGUACCUGACAAAGCUGAUAAAGCCUGGAAAACCGCACCACACACCUUCCCAGGUACAAGAAUCUGACAAAGCUGGCAGAGCGUGGAAAACAGCACCACACAGCUUCCUAGGUACAGGUACCUGACAAAGCUGACAGAGCCUGGAAAACUGCACCACACACCUUCCCAGGUACAGGAAUCUGACAAAGCUAGCAGAGCGUGGAAAACAACACCCUACUCCUAGGUACAGGUACCUAACAAAGCUGGCAGAGCCUGGAAAUCAGCACCCUACUCUUUCUAGGUACAGGUACCUAACAAAGCUGGCAGAGCCUGGAAAUCAGCACCCUAUUCAUUCUAGGUACAGGUACCUAACAAAGCUGGCAGAGCCUGGAAACAGCACCACACUCUUUAUAGGUACAGGUACUGAACAAAGCUGGCAGAGCCUGGAAACAGCACCACACUCCUUCUAGGUACAGGUACCUAACAAAGCUGGCAGAGCCUGGAAACAUCACCACACUCCUUCUAGGUACAGGUACCUAACAAAGCUGGCAGAGCCUGGAAAACAGCACUACACUCCUUCCCAGGUACAGGUGCCUAUAAAGUAUCACGUUAAACCGAAGUAUACAUUAAUGUAAUCUUGAAAGUGAGAUAAGAGUUGUCAGGUCAAGGUUUAAAAAUUAGAACUCCAUAGUCCGUUGAGUACAGGCUAUGUGCAAAGUGUGUAGUAAGGCUUCAAAUUUUCACUUUUCGGGCCGAAUUUUUCAGGGGACAGCAUGUUUGUUUACAAACGACCAUUGCCCGACCGCUACCGAUAAAGGAUUCGGAUCCAUUCGGCAUGUUGCUUCUGUUUGUUUGCACCAUCAACAUGUACUUAGUAUGUGACAUGUUACUUCUGUUUGUUUGCACCAUCUACAUGUACUUAGUAUGUGACAUGUUACUUCUGUUUGUUUGCACCAUCUACAUGUACUUAGUAUGUGACAUGUUACUU